CUCCAGGCCCUCUUCCCGGUCCCGUCCCGGCCCCCUCGAGAGCUGGGUGAGCCGCGCCGCAGCCAUGGUGCAGGCCUGGUACAUGGACGAGUCCGCGGACGACCCGCGGCUGCCGCACCGCCCCGAGCCCGACCGCGCGGUGGGCCUGGAGCAGCUGCGCGGGCUCGGCGUGCUCUACUGGAAGCUGGAUGCUGACAAAUAUGAGAACGAUCCAGAAUUAGAAAAGAUCCGGAGAGAGAGAAACUAUUCCUGGAUGGACAUCAUCACCAUAUGCAAAGAUAAGCUUCCCAACUACGAGGAGAAGAUCCAGCUGUUCUACCAGGAGCACCUGCACCUGGACGAGGAGAUCCGCUACGUCCUGGAGGGCAGCGGGUACUUCGAUGUCAGGGACAGGGAGGACCGGUGGAUCCGCAUCUUCAUGGAGAAGGGAGACAUGAUCACUCUCCCCGCCGGCAUCUACCACCGCUUCACGCUGGACGAGAAGAACUACGUGAAGGCCAUGCGGCUGUUCGUGGGAGAGCCCGUGUGGACCGCCUACAACCGGCCAGCCGACCACUUCCCCGCCCGGGAGCAGUACGUGAGGUUCCUGGCUCAGACGGCCUAGGCCGGAGCGGCUGCCUGCAGGACCUGGCGUGCCUGCGCUGUGUGGUGGACUCGGGCUGGCUUUCCGUAGCAGACCGUCUGGUCAGCGCGUUUGUGAUGGAAGGAGCUGGGAGCCUGGUGCUCAGGAGGACGUGGGCGGAGCGUCGGGGCCCGGCUCCCCCUGCUCCACGGCUGGUGUGCAGGCAUCAGCUCCUGGAGGGUCGCUGCCCAUGGUCAGCUGAGGCCAGCCAGCCUGGGCCCCGUGCACAGGAGCAGUCCUAGAGACAGGCCACUGAGGGAGGUGCGGCACUGCCCGCCUGGGGCACCCGGGCUGCGGAGACUCAGGCUGGGUGUGCUCUGGGCUGCCUGUGUCUCCUGUUCAGAAUAAAGUGCCUUAACUCUGCUGGAGCUUGGAGUUCCUC